GAUAAAUGGUUAGCUUUUACAGUUGAGAAUAAAGUCAAGGAAAUAAAUCUUUGUGUGAACAGAACAAAGAAUGAGAAUGGAGAUUUUUACUACUAUUGCUUACCUAAAACACUUGUAGUAAAUGCAAGAUAUUUAACUAUUUUGAAGUUGAAUACGGUGGAGUUGGAUUCUCGUUACUCGUUUAGUUUUCCAUCCUUGAAAUCAUUGCUAUUGGCUUAUGUUCGGUUUGCAGAUAAUGAUGUAGUAGAUAAUCUGUUAUUGGGUUCCCCUUCCCUUGAGAAAUUGAGGUUAAUUUAUUGUGAUCAUCAGCUCCGCAUCCACAUACAUAGUUCUGAUAAUUAUGCAAAGACACAAUCCAUACACACACACAAAUGAGAGAUAGCAAAAAGAUGAAGAGAGAAAAAGGAAGCUAGAAUGUAUUGCAAAAAAUAGAGAGAAUGUAUUCUAGGUUACAAAACUAAUAAGCCAAACCUUUUAUAUAAGGCAAAAGAUAUAAAAUAAUAAUAAUUAAGAAAAGACUAAAAUGCCCUCAAAUAAUAACUCUAACAAGUUCAAGCCUCAAGUUCUUGGAAAUUAAACACACUAAGGAUAUGGUGGAGGAAAUUAAUGUCAUAAAUCUUGAAUCUUUGAAACUAAAAGGAGUUUCCCUUAACAAAAAAAGUCUCUCUGCAUGCAAGGCCAUUAGAAAUCUCUCGUUAACUUGUUGGGAUAUGGAAGAUUCAUCAUCAUUAGAAUAUCUCAUUUCUAACCUUCCUCUUCUUGAGGAUUUGGCUUUCAGCAACGGGCGUAAUUGGGCGUUGAAACACAUUAAAAUUUCGAGUAAGCACUUGAAAAGAGUCAUUGUGACUAACCCUUUUGACAAUGAAAUGACUGUUAUAAUUAAAUCAGCUCCAAAUUUAGCAUCACUUUAUUAUGUUGGUAAUAUCAAAUUUAGUGUAUCAAUGGAACCAUCCAAUUUGUUGAAUGGAACAUUCGUAAUUCUUAAGCAACAAGAGAAUUAUGACACCGAUUGGUUUAUCAAUUUGAUGAAUUUUCUUUUGAAUCUCAAUUGUUCUUGGAAUAAGAUAAGAUUGCAUGUUGACUCGGUUGAGGCUCUCAUCUUGCCGAAAUACUUGAAGAGGAUAUGUCGUUCUCCUUUGGUCACUUUGAAUCAUCUUAGAGUUUUUACUGAAUGUAAACCUGAGAAAGAGAAGGAAUUAGUCUUGAAAGAUGUUUUGCGUUGGAUUUCUCCUUCUUUAAAGACAUUAUUUAUAGGGGAAAAAGGGCCUCUUUUAAAAAGUCUUCAAAAGGCUGCAUAUUUGUUUGUGUGAUUAUGUUAUAUUAUAGAAAGUAAAAUGGAUUAUUGUUUGGUAAGAAACACAGAGUUUACCUCAAAACUAAUUGUUUAUAAUUAGAGUAGUUCACUUCAGACAAUUUCUAUGUGGGAUAUUCAAAUAGAUAAGAUUGUACUUUUUAGUAUAAACUAAUAGAUGUACUCAAUCUAAUUAUAAGUUACAUCUUAUUUACAAAAUUCUAUUAGUUGUGUUGAAGAUCAACCCUACCCUA